AGACGAAACUAAUCACAGCAACAGUUUCGCACUUCGGGCGUCAGCGACGGCAUUCAGUACGCUGUGGAACUUAGUACACAAACUUACAACGUAAAGCAAAGCGAACGACUGGACUAUGCUUGAGGCCAGACUAUGGAACAGUAUUAUCCUAGUGUUUUGGAUUGUCAUUGUCGCAGGUGCAGAACGAAAUCAUCCGACAAUAUUACGCAAACGCAACGAAAUGACCAGGUACAUGAAUUUGCACGCCAAUCCGUGUAAGGACUUUUACGAAUUCGCCUGCGGCAGUUGGGAACAACCUUACGUACAAACACGAUACGAGCAGCCGAUACUGAAAGAUAUGGAAAUUUAUUUACGUACGAAAGUGGAUCACGAUUUGCGCAAUAUGCUGCAGGAACAAACCAAAUUGGAGGAUGGCUUGAAUGGACGUAAAUUAAAAGAUUUUUAUAUAUCCUGUACGGCGGCCGAACGGAAUGGCGUCGCACAACAGGAAUACUUCAGUCAGAUGAUCGAAAAGCAUGGUGGCUUCCCAGCGAUACCGGGUUCCAAUUGGCACAUGCGGAGCAAUAACUAUAAUUGGCAAGAUGUGGUGGGCACGUUGCGCUUUCAAUACGGCAUGAAUAUAUUGGUGGGUGUGAAGAUUGGCGUCAAUUAUUUGUACCCUUUCGAGGAUAGCGUCUACUUGAGCGAACCGGACACCUUUAUACCGCCGGAACUGUGUAGUGCGGAGGGUACCAAUAGAACGGACUUACGUUCCGAAGAGUAUGCGAUAAUUGAAAAUGAAGUGGCCGAAAAUCUCAGCAUGUGGCUAACGCUUGAUAUGGAGAAGGCGCAAGUGAUUGCCUCCGAUUUGGUGGCGUUUGAGUUUAAACUUUGCACCGGUAUAAAGAGAUGGGAUAUCAGCCAACUUGCCGUGAACAGCAGUUAUAAUAGUGAUAUACGCAAGACGCUUUACGAUUUUACAUAUCAAUACGAUAAUAAAAUCGACUUUGUCGCGGCCACUUUUGGCACACAAAUACAAAAACCCGUAUUCAUGGGUAACGAGGCGUACUACAAGCAGCUUGUUAAAACCCUGGACUCUACGAAUAAGACGACAAUCGCAAACUACAUUAUGUAUCAGACAUUGGCGGCCUUAAGUUUCCCACAUACGGAUCAGCCGAGUAGUCGUGCUUUGUUCUGUUUGGAAAAGGCAAAGCGCUACUUUCCGAAAUUUCUCGGUGAGAUGUAUCACAGAAAUUAUGUGAAUGUUGCUGCUAGGGAUGAUGUGGUCAACAUGUUCGACAAAUUGAAAGAAUCUUUCCGCCAGAGUUUACAAAUACCCUGGAUCAGGGAGCAUACACGCCGCAUUGCUGAGAGCAAACUGGCAGAGAUGCAUCUGGCCUUCCCCUACUAUGGCAAAAUGGAAACAAGUAGUAUAAACAUAAAUCGCAGCGAUUAUUGGCACAACUUGGAUAUACUAAUGAAAGAUCGACAAGAGGCGCAAUUCCAACGCAUUUUCCCGCCACCACAUCCGAAUAUGUUUGAUCAAGUAGAAUCGUACGAAACGAACAUUUUCUAUAGAUCACAACAUACACGCUUCGAAAUGGGUUGGGGACUACUGCAGGAACCGCUCUAUCUUACGCAGUACCCGAACUCGAUGCGUUACGCUGCGAUCGGUCAUAAGCUAUCCUCGCUGUUGGCCAGCGCCUUCGAUGACAUCUCGUGGAGCACAUCGCCUAACGGUGUAUUAAAUUGGGAUCAGACUACAGCUACGGAGUAUCGCAAUCGUAGCGAAUGUUUUCGUCAACAGAUCAGCAAUUAUCUCUACAAUGAUCCCGCGUUGUUUACAAAUACUACACUUUUGCGCCAAAUAAUAGCACAAAGUGCUGGUUUAAAUGUAGCAUUCGACGCUUAUUUGAAUUGGUUGGCAUUUCAACAGCCCACUGACGAUCACGAGACGCUAUUGAGAGAAACUCUGCCCGAAUUCAACUUCACCAACACACAACUGUUUUUUAUUGCCUUCGCGCAAAAACAUUGUAGCGCUGGCGAUGCGGGCUCACGGCGGUCCAGUACGAAGGGAUCCGCGCGCACACUCAGUCCACUUGAACGGCAUACGAUCGAACGCUACCUAGUCAACGGACCGCUGAGAAAUUAUAAUGAAUUCGCGCGAGACUUUGGCUGUCCGAUGGGCGUGGAGAUGAAUCCGCCGGAUAAAUGUGUUAUUUAUUACUUAUCAGCAAAAUGUGCUGUUGUUGGAGACGUUGGUGUAGACAGCAAAAUUAUGGUUUUUGAAAGUAUUGAAACAUUUUCAACACUUCAGUACUGUUUCCAGUCUGACUACGACAAAAUGCAUAACACUGGAGCGCUGACCCGAGUUUUACCGCUAACUUUAAGCUGCAUAUUGGCUUUAUGCAGUCUUGUGCCGCAAGCUGUGGCGGAACGCGGCACAAAUGGACGCGAAAGGGAGGAGCAAAUCAUGCGCAAUGCCAAGGCAGCAGAGGUACUCAGAUAUAUGAACCGACAGGCCGAUCCAUGCAAUAACUUUUAUGACUUUGCAUGCGGCAAUUGGGCGUCACAUCAACCGACAUUGUUGGAGGGUGAUGCGCCUAUAUCCGUACAAAGUCAGUUGGCGCAACGCGUACGAAAGGACGUACAAAUGCUGCUCGAUGCCGACGCACGCGGCAAGGGUAGGACGAAUUUGGAUGAGCGUAAAGUUAAGGAGUUCUACAAGUCGUGUAUAGUAGUCGAACGCUCUUCGUCGUUACAGCAAGCCUUCCUCAUGAAUUUCAUAAAGGAAUAUCACGGCCUGCCGUUGCUAGCGGGCACCAACUGGAAUAUGAACUAUGACUGGGUGCAGGUAGUUGCGCGUUUGCGUUUGAACUAUGGUUUCGACUAUCUGAUUGGUAUGGAAGUGGUGACGAGUGAGCAUUCGCUACCAGGUAAAGCGGUGAUACAAUUGACCGAACCGGCGACGUCAUUGUUACCGCGACACUUGUGCAGCGCAGGUGCUACUUUGGAUACGCGGGUUGCUGAAAAACUUACUGCGCAAUUGCAAACUGAAAUCGCCUUGGACUUACAGUCUUGGUUUGGGCUGAAAGAUGACGAAACGGAACGCGUCGCUGGCGAUAUUAUACGUUUCGAGCUUGAAUUAUGCCAAUAUAUGAGAGAGGCUGAAUCAUUGCCGCCAUCCGAGAAUGAUGAGCCCGAACCGAAUGUUUAUGAGGGACGAGAUUUGGCGAGCCUUUCAAAGAAAUUUGGUAACAUAAUCAAUUUCAGAAAGUAUUUGGAAACCAGUCUCAACUCAACCGUUGCAAACUCGGAGAUCGUCAUGAAAUCAACGAGUUAUUUUAAACAUUUGGCACGCAUAGCUCGCUCGAACCCGAGACCAACGCUAACCAAUUACAUAAUGUAUCGCGCACUGGCGGAAAUCAACUUUCCACGCAAUGAAACUAGUACUCCAAGAGCGGGACACUGCGCGCAAUUGGUCAUGCGCUUCUUCCCCAAAGUUGUCGGUGAGAUAUAUAAGAAUAAAUAUCAACGUAGCGAAAUUAGAAGCGAUGCUGAACAACUUUUCGACAAAAUCAAAGGCACUUUGAGGGAAUCUUUAAAUGUAAAUGAUUUAUCGGAAAAUGCACAGGGAGCGUUGCGUAACAAACUGCUGGCAUUUGAGAGGUUACUCUUCCCCAUCUACAAGGGUGUCAACUUACGUGAUCUGCCGCUAGAACACACCAAUUUCUGGCAGAAACAAGAUAUCGCCAUGAAGUUUAAGGGAUACAAAGAGCGUCAGCGUUUCUAUGGUGGCGAUCCCGAGUUGGAUGAAAGCCUCGUCGAAGCGUUUGAUGUGCGUAUGCAGUUGCUGGAUAAUGGCAUCAUGACCGGCUGGGGACUGCUACAACCGCCCUUCUAUGAUUACAAUUACGCCAAGUCUUUAAAGUAUGCGUUGCUGGGUCCACUUAUUGCGCGUGAACUGGCGGCCGCGUUGAUACCCGAUGAGCUGGAGACAGAGCUUACACGUGAUGACUCGAUUAUGGAAAUUUUCAACAAUGUGACCGAAUGCUAUCGCACGCAGUACAGCAACUACUUGUAUAAUAUACCGAAUGUAUUCUACAAUGCCAGCAAAUUGCGUGAGCUAAUGACAGAUAGCGCUGGCUUGAAUAUAGCUUUCAAGACCUAUCUCGAUUGGCUGGCUGGGGUGGAUUCGAGUGAACGACAAAUAUUGUUGCGUGAAACCCUGCCUGGUGUGGACUUUACCAAUACACAGUUAUUUUUCAUCAUUUUCGCGCAAUCCCGUUGCCAUGCCAAAUAUGUCAAGGAAAUGCCGCCAACAUUUCUACCGCUGGAUACGCACACAGAAGAACUCUUCAAUGUUAAUGGCGUCUUGGGAAAUAAUGUGGAGUUUGCGCGUGAAUUUGGCUGUGCGCUGGGCACGGAUAUGAACCCAGAUGACAAAUGUACUUUGUUUUGAAUUUAGAAAAUUAAAGUCCAAGCAGCAAAACGUUUAAUGAUUUUUUGUUCGAUUUGCCUUUUGGACUCGUAUUCGAACAGUUUCAGUUUCUAUGCUUAAAACUAUAGCAUCUAUAUAAGAUCCGAAAAUUGUAUAUCAGAAGAGCUCUUGUUUAUUUAUAA